AUGCAGCCCGAGUUCGCUUUGUCGAUCUGGAAGACGAGUCCGUUGCAGAGUGGCAUCCAGUUGACCGUAGGCGAGUCGGCUUUACAGAAUAUCGAAGACGAAAUGGAAAACUUGGGGUACCUCGGGAUUCCGACAACGACGCGGCCUAAUGAGUUCAGACAGCCUAUUACCACAGAUCAUGACGCCGCUGAGACAUGGAUGCAGGCGAACUCCCGUCUGUUACGACCGUUGGUUAUGGAGAGCUGA